AUGAAUCCUGCCUCGACUUCUUCCCAAGAUCAAGUUUUACACGAGUUGCGUGCCAAAUUGGCUGAUUUGGAGACCAGGUGCCAAAGUCUUGACGAAAUGAAAACCGAAAAUGAAACCUUGAAGAGCAAUUUGGAAAAGAUGCAAAAUGAAAAAGACGAAGCCAGCAAAGAAUUUGUUACCACUAUCCAGAAUCUGGAGCGAGAAGUCACGAAAUUGAAGGAUGACAAGGUGUACUUGAAUAAAACUCUUACAGACAUGGAGGAAAAAAAUGCUGGCAAGCAGGAGGAACUAGAAAGGUUGCGAGAAGAUAUCCAAUCUUUGCAAGCGUCCGUACAAGAUCAGAUAGACCUGCAGAAUAGUUUAAGUGACUUGGAAUCUGCAAAAAGUGUCCAAAAAGAUGAGUUAUAUGAAAAACUAUCAGCCGAGAACUGCCAACUCCAAUCAAAACUUCAAGAAGUCUCAUCGAUAACAAAUAUGUUUGAAAACCUAAAACAAGAGAACAUAGAACUCACAGAAAAACUGAAAUCUUUAGAAGAAAAAUACGAAAACACUGAACGCUCUGUAGAAUCCAAAAUAUCAAAUUUAAACCAAGAAAUAGAUUUACACAUCGAGAGGAUAAAGUACUUAGAAGAAAAAUGUAAAGACUACGAUUCGAUUAAAAAGAUUAAUGUAGAAUUAAACAAGGAAACACAGGAGUUGACGAGGAAGAUCAGCGAGUUGGAUGUAUCUCAAAAUGCUUCUGGAGGCGAAAAGAAUCAGAAUAAAAAUAUCGAAGUUGAGACUAAGUUGGCACAAAUUAUGAAAGAAGUCGAUGAGGUUUCAAAUAAAAACCUGGUUUUAGAACAGAGGUGUAGUAACAUGAGUUUAUUGGAACAAACAAACGAGAAAUUGAGGCUUGCGAAUGAGAAGCUGACGAGGCAACUAGAUGACACUCUAGUCACGAGAAGACAUUCCGAAGGCAUCACACAACUAACAGAGUUCGAGUACCUUAAAAAUAUUCUGUACCAAUAUUUAUCCGGAGGUGUUGGAGGAGUUGGAGCCAACACGAAUAGUACCUUGAUCAGGGUGAUAGCUGCUGUUAUGAAAUUUGAUGCUACACAAACGCAGACUGUUUUGGAUAAGGAAGCCCAGAGGAACACUUUGCUGGGUCAACUGAACCUCAUAUAG